AUGUCUCUGUGUGCAUAUUUUUCGAAACUGAAAGAUUUGUGGGAUGAGUUCGAAGCACUUGUUCCUGCACCAAACUGUGAAUGUGAUAAAUCUAAAGAUUUUGUGGUGCAUCUUCAAAAAUUAAAGUUGUUUCAGUUCUUGAUGGGAUUAAACGAGUCAUAUCUUCAAGCAAGAAGUCAAAUAUUGCUUAUGAGUCCUUUGCCUUCAGUAAAUCAAGCUUAUGCUAUGAUUUUAAAGGGUCACACCAGAGAGAAUUGUUGGAAGUUAAUUGGCUACCCUCUUGAUUUCAAGACCAAGAGAAAGCAAAGAAUAGAAAGUGGUGUUGCCUAUAAUGUAGUGGCUGGUCAGUCUGGUGAACAAUGCUCUCAAGUAAAGGCAAGGACAUGUGAUCAAGAAGAUUCUGAAGUGCAGAUGUCUAUGAUAAGCCAGAUAGGUAAAUCAACUUUCACACAAAAACAAUAUAAUCAGAUUCUAAAGAUGAUCCACAUUAACGGUAUAUCAACACAUGAGACUGAGGCAGCAGAUGUGGCUAAUGUCGCAGGUAUAAGCAGUGCUUUUCUAGCUUGUUCUAAGUCACAACAGUGGAUAAUAGUUACAGGAGCUACUCAUCAUAUAGUGUCUGAAUUAGGUCUGCUUGAUGAGUCUUCUGUGGAUCUCUACAUUGGGAAGGUGAGUUCAAUUGGAAGAGUUAAAAAUAGUGCUAAAAAGGUAACUAGUUGUGGAGACAAUGAAGUAUUAACUGCUAAUACUGUGGAGAAGAAACAAGCAGAAGUGGACUUAUGGCAUAUGAGGUUUGGACAUGCAUCUUCUAAUGUACUCAAAAAGAUUUUGUUUGUUGAGAAGUCUUUGGCUGUAGAGGAUAGAAUAAAACAAUGCUCUGGAUUAUUCAUCAGACAACCUGUCACUCCACAACAAAAUGGAGUGGCUGAGAGAAAACACCGGCACAUUUUAGAGGUCACAGGAGCACUAUGGUUUCAAGGGGAAAUUCCAAUAAAGUUCUGGGGAUAUUGUGUAUUGGCAGCUGUGUAUAUUAUAAAUAGAUUAUCAAGUUUAGUUAUUCAUUAUCAAACUCCUUAUGAAAGGUUGUAUGGAAAGAAACCUAAUUGUGAUCAUCUUAGAGUAGUGGGGUGCUUGUGCUAUGCUAAGGUUGUGAAUGAGCAUGACAAAUUGUUGUCUAGAACAAAGUCCACUGUCCUCAUGGGGUUUUCUGAUACUCAGAAGGGAUAUGUGUUGUAUGAUAUGGUGUGA